GUUAGCUUAGUAUUUUAGUGCUUGAUGUACAUACAAAUUCCAUAACGAUUCAAGAGUAAUGCUUUAAGUGGAAGGAAAUAAAAAAUAGACGUUGUCCAUAUUCAAAGCAGUAAAUAAAGAUGAAAAUAAAUGAAAAGAAUUUGGGUGCAUUUGCCUCGUCCACGACUCCAGUGGACCGGGAGGGAUGGCUCGACAUGCGAGGUGAAAUAGGUAAAAGUUACCAACGACGAUGGUUUACCUUGAAAGGAAACUUACUUUUCUAUUUCGACAAGAAAGCUGACAAGGAUCCAGUUGGAGUAAUUAUACUUGAAGGAUGUACAAUCGAAUUGACGGAGGAGGAAGCUUACAGUUUCAAAAUAGUGUUCCAAUGUGAGGGGGGCAGGACAUACUACCUGUGCACAAACUCACAGGCAUCCAUGGAGGCAUGGAUGAAGGCACUCGCCUGUGCUAGCUAUGAUUACAUGAAGCUCAUGGUGGCCGAGUUGCAAAGACAACUGGAUGAAGUGCAAGCGGAGGAAGCUGCUGAAGCGGCUGCUCUGAUCACCAUAAGUCCACCAGAGCGUGAACCGAAGGUGCCGCCGCGAGGACAGCGGUACAACCCCUUCAACCGCGUCCCCGAUGGUGAGGCCAAGGACGGCAAGUCCGUACCCGGCAGUAGACAUCAUAAGGACAGCUUGAGGUCGGAGGUUCCGCGCAAGAAGGUGCCGUUCCGGGACAUUCACACAGCGCACGGGCGUAAGAUCCUCGCACACCGCAGUGAGUGGCGCGCGCGCCGCAGACCUGGACGUCACGCGCCUGCGACACCAGCGCCCCCCAACACAGACGUACCUCUCAUACAACUCUGAUCUCACACAGGAAUAUAAUAGUGUACGGUAAGAUAAUAAUAGUUCCUGAAUUCUCAAUUUGUCAUCUGUCAA